CGUACACAGUGAUCUCAAUGGUAGUCCUGUGGGUUGGUCAUUAAGUUCACGGGUAUCGCAACGGCAGAAAUGCAGAACUCAGAAACAGAGAGCAGUGGCCACUAUUUCUCAUCAUCUCCAUCUUCUCCCGCUUCACCUGGUUCAUCUCAGUCCCAUCUUAAGCUCGUAUCAGACCCAUCAACGCAACAGAUCAAAUUACAAGACACACAAGUGAAGAAAACCAAGAGGAUGAGAGAUUGCAGCAAACACCCAGUUUACAGAGGAGUUCGAAUGCGCAAUUGGGGCAAAUGGGUUUCUGAAAUUAGAGAGCCUCGCAAGAAAUCAAGGAUCUGGUUGGGCACAUUCCCGACCCCAGAAAUGGCUGCCAGAGCCCACGACGUGGCGGCGUUGAGCAUAAAAGGUAAUUCGGUGAUUCUCAAUUUCCCCGAACUCGCUGGGUCUCUGCCUCGGCCAGCAACUCUGUCGCCUCGUGAUAUUCAAGCUGCAGCAGCCAAAGCAGCUGCCAUGGACAAAUUUGAUGCUCCAUCAUCUUCUUCUUCGUCAUCAUCGCCUUUGUCAUCAUCUUUAGGGUCGACCUCGGAUGAAUUGAGCGAGAUUGUGGAGUUACCCAGAUUAGGAACGAGCUUCGACUCGCCCAAGUGCCAGAACGAUUUCAUACUCGCUGACUCCGUUGAUGGGUGGCUCUAUCCACCCCAUUGGUUGCCUAGUUCGGACGAUUGUGUUUAUUUUCCUGAUCAGAUUCCCGUGCCGGAAAGUGUAACUGGUGGUGGCUUUGAAGCUUUACUUUGGGAUUACUAGUGUGUUUUUUUCUUCUUAGUCCUCUUAAUUUUUCUUUGAAGGGGGGUAAAGACUCUCUCUCUCUCUCUCUCUCUCUUCCUCUGCUACUUUCUUUGUUAAGUCGUCAAUCCUCUUCAAUGAAACCAACUGUACAGUUC